CAAGCUUGCUCAAGAGCAAGGCAAAUGGGCCAACGCGCGUUCCAAGUUUCCGCGCAGCGAACCUCCCGGUGCAAGCCAGGCCAAUCCAGGCGAUCCUCGAUCCUGAGGCUGAAGCUCGCAGGAGGUCAUGCAGGCUCGGCGCGCAGAUCCUACCCUUGUCCGUCAGAACCACUUCAAGAAGAUGCUGCAGAGCCAGCGGCAGAUCGGCCUCUGGACUGGUCUGCGAAGCACGAUGAUCGCAGAGAUGCUCUCCCACGUCUCCGGUAUGGACUGGUUCGUUAUUGACAUGGAGCACUCACCCAACGAUUUCGAGGACGUGCUUUUGCAGCUGCAGGUGUCUCAACUGGGGGGCGCGGAACCGGUGGUGCGGGUGCCAUGGGCAGAGCCGGUGGUGGUGAAGCGAGUGCUCGACCUCGGAGCGCAAAGUCUGAUCUUCCCAUUGAUCAAUUCGCCCGAGCAAGCAAAGCUGGCAGUAGAGGCCACGAGAUACCCCGGCUUGGGCGGCGUCCGGGGCGUUGUGAGCAUUGGCCGCAUGAACAACUAUGGCGCGCAAAGCCCGCACUAUUACCAGGAAGCAGCGGCGCAAAUUUGCAAUAUCAUGCAGAUCGAGACGAUGGAGGCCGUGGACAACAUCGAGGCCAUCGCCGCCGUGGACGGGGUGGAUGCGCUCUUCGUGGGCCCAAGCGACCUCUCAGCGUCCAUGGGCUUCAUUGGCCAACCGCGACAUCCCGAGGUGAGAGCAGUGAUUGAGAAGGCCUUCUCCCGCAUCCUGGCCACGGGAAAGGCAGCCGGCUUCCUCACCGCCAACAAGGAGGAUGACUUCGGCUCCCUCCACCAAAUUUCAUGAGAGGUGCCUGGGAUCAGAAUGUGUUGGGGAUGAGUCUCAGGCAGGGAUGCUCGUUUGUGGCUGUGGGCAGCGACAUGCAGAUGCUGACAGCUGCAGCGAAGGCAGCAGCUACUGAGUUCAAGGCCUUUGCCAGCCGCCUGUGAAUUCUGCGCAGGCAGUUCGAAGGGGAUCCUCAAUGGGCGGAAUCUGUGGGCAGUCAAUUGCCAAGGCUGCUUUGCGCUCAGAAUUCCUGCCCUCGACCAACGCGUGCGUUUUUGGAUGGCCUGCAGGGCAAUGGUGUGUGUGUGUGUGUGUACGUGUGUAUGCGUGUGUGUGUGUGUGUGUGUGUGUGGGUGGGUGUGGGUGUGUGUGUGUGUGUGUG